CAGGAAGAGUUGGACUUGACAGCAGUAAACAAGGCAGCCAUGAUGGAGCUGCCAGCGGCGAAGAAAUGGCAGAUAUACUGCAGCAGACGACCGCCGCCAGGGCAGGCGCCGCCUCUCGCCACGGCACCUCAGGUUGAGGAGUACAUCAAGGCCCUCAACGAGAUUGCUGACGCAUUUGCAUCAUCAGAAGGCAUCCCACCAGUAGAAGCGAGCGCCCUGGUCGAUGGUCUGAAGACUGCGCUGCGGACGCGGGCCCACAGCUUCGUGCUGCGGUUCAUCAAGCAAGGAGGCCUGGGCUCCAUACUGGACGCCCUGCAGAGGGCGCCACGGGACGACGCUAUCACCAGGCACAACCUCAUCGCUGCCAUCAAAGCGCUUAUGAACAAUUCUACUGGAAGAGCGCACGUCCUAGCCCACCCAACGAGCAUCGAUCUGAUCGCACAGUCGCUCGACACCGAGAAUGUCAAGACCAAAGUGGCCGCUCUCGAGAUACUGGGCGCGGUGUGUCUGGUGCCUGGAGGACACAAAAAGGUGCUAGAAGCAAUGGUGCACUUCCAAAAAUACGCUGGCGAGCGCGCUCGCUUCCAAAGCGUGGUGAACGAACUGGACCGCAGUACAGGCGCGUACCGCGACGACUUGGGCGUGAAGACCGCCAUCAUGUCCUUCGUCAACGCCGUCCUCAACUACGGCCCGGGAGAGGAAAGUCUGGAGUUCAGACUCCAUCUGAGAUACGAGCUUCUCAUGUUGGGAAUACAACCAGUAAUAGAAAAGCUUCGCAAAUACGAAAACGAGACACUCGAUCGCCACAUCGAGUUCUUCGACAUGGUCCGCAACGAGGACGAGCGCGAGCUGGCGCGACGCUUCGACAAGGAGCACGUCGACACCAAGAGCGCCGCCGCCAUGUUCGAGCUGCUGCGCCGCAAGCUCAGCCACACGCACGCCUACCCGCACCUGCUGUCCAUCCUGCAGCACCUGCUGCUGCUGCCGCUGGAAUACAACCCAUACUCGCAGCACUUUCUGCUGCUGGACCGCGUGGUACAGCAGGUGGUGCUGCAGCAGCCCAGCGCAGGCAGCCGCGCCAACAGCGAGCAGGGCAGCUUGCGGGACGUCAACACUGACCAGACUAAGGUCUACGACCCAGACGUAGCGCCUCUGGAGAUCAACGUGGGUGAAAUCGUCCAUCUCCUGGCUAAGGAGGAAGAGCUGGUGGCAGCUAGGACGAAGGCAGAAAACUUGGAGCGAGAGAACGUAGACCUGGCUACCGAACUGGCUAAGAAGGAGAAGCAAGUAGACCAGCAGUCACAGGAGCGCGAGGAGUUGGAGGGCGUCGUGUCUCGUCUCAAGGAGCGCCUCGAGCGAGAGACGGCAGCACAUAUGGAGUGCACUGAGAGAGCGCGCGCCGGCGCUACAAGGGCCCAUCAGCUCGAGCAGCAGCUGAACCAAGAAAGAGCGGAAAGGGCAAGGUUCGAAAAACUAGUCAGCGAAGGCAGUAUACCUGACGAUGCCAAGGUCAGCAACCUCAAGAGCGCAGUGAUAGAGACGUGCAGCGCCCCGCCGCCCCCGCCACCGCCGGCCUUCUGCCCCCCCGCGCCGGCCCCCCCGCUAGCACCCGCCCCCCCGCCGGUGCCAACCGCCCCCGCCGCCCCCGCCCCUCCCAAGCCCAAGAAGAACGUGCCCACACCCGGAAACCCAUUGAAAAGCUUCAACUGGAGCAAACUGCCCGAUGCCAAGUUACACGGGACGAUAUGGCAGGAGUUGGAUGACACCAAACUGUAUAAUGCUAUGGAUCUACACACGAUUGACAGGAUGUUCUGCGCUUACCAGAAGAAUGGAGUGCAGAACGAGGGAUCCGUGGAGGACUUACGUCAACUGGGAGCCAAGCCCAGAACGAAAAUAUUAUCGGUGAUAGACGGACGACGAGCCCAGAACUGCACGAUCUUACUAUCCAAGCUGAAGAUGACUGACGAGGAGAUUUGCCGGGCGAUCCUCCGCAUGGAUGCCGGCGAGCAGUUGCCCAUCGACAUGGUGGAGCAGCUCCUCAAGUUCACACCCAGUGCCGAGGAGGCGGCGUUGCUGGAGGAGCAUCAAGACGAGCUGGAUAGCAUGGCCAGGGCAGACCGGUUCCUGUACGAGAUAUCCAAAAUCCCGCACUAUUCCCAACGAGUCCGGACGCUACUCUUCAAGAAGAAGUUCUCAGCUGCGGCCGCAGAGGCCAGCGCGAGGGCACACACUGUACUCAGGGCUGCGAGGGACAUGACGCGGUCUAGGAGGCUCCGGGCCUUGCUGGAGAUUGUGCUGGCUUUAGGAAACUAUAUGAACAGAGGCGCACGCGGCAACGCAUCAGGCUUCCGGCUGUCGUCGCUGAACAAGCUGGCCGACACCAAGUCCAGCGUCACGCGCAACACCACGCUGCUGCACUACCUGGUCGAGAUGCUCGAGACACAGUUCAAAGACAUCCUCCUACUCGAAGAGGACUUGCCCCACGUGCGAGCAGCAGCGAAGGUGUGCGUGGACCAGUUAGACAAGGACGUGAGCGCGCUGCGGGCCGGCCUACGGGAGGUGGCCCGCGAGCUGGACUACCACGCGGCGCUGCCCGCGCCCGCCGACCCCAACGACGCCUUCCAGAGCGUCAUGAGGGAGUUCCACGCGCACGCCGUGUGCACCUUCACGCAGCUGGAAGACCUGUUCCAGGACAUGAAGAGCCGCCUAGAAGCGUGCGCGCACGCGUUCGGCGAAGAACCCAGCUCUUCGCCCUCGCAACUGUUCGGCGCGCUCGACGCCUUCCUCACGCAGUUGGGCGAGGCGCGCGCCGAGUGUGACGCCGCGCGCCGCCGCCGUGACGAGGAGGAGCGCCGCACGCGCCACGAGCAGGAGCUGAAAAAGCGAACAAUGGAGCGCAAGCAGGCGUCCAGCCUCCUCAGCUCCGUCGGGAAAUCCCUCGGCAAGAGCAACUCGGACUGCAACGGCCACGCCAACGGAGACUCCUCCCGUGACGGCACCCUCACUAACGGACAAAAGGGCGAGUUCGACGACCUCAUCUCGGCUCUCCGCACCGGUGACGUCUUCGGAGAUGACGUCGCCAAGUUCAAACGAUCCAGAAAAGCCUCCAAGGCCUCACACAAAGGCAGGGACUCCCCGCCCCGCGGCAUAUGCCGCGAAGACUCCCGGGAACGACAGAAGAAUUGAAAGGUUUGCUAGGUUUUAUGUGUAAACGAUCUGAAAACCUGGACAAAGUAUUCGUUAACGAAACGACUAAGUCAAGUACGAUUGUGCUUCGUGAAUGUAGUUACUUAAAUUUUUCCAUUUAAAAUUUUUGAAUGGUAACGCCAUAGGUACUUUGGGAACGAAGCAACUUUUGUUGUUUAAAGACGCUGGAUAUUUUCACUUAAAGAAACAUUCGAUAAGUGGAUUUCGAAGAUCCUUGGGGAUACCCAAGGGUGGUGCCGAACUUGUAAACCGGUCACAAACGGGGAGAUUUAUGUUGAAGAAAAAGGGUCUAAAUGACUUUAGUAAAAUAUACUACGUAUUAUAGUUAUUAUGGAAUGUGAUGUUUAGUAGAAGGAUAAUGACUGUUAAGAUAAUGAGUGUUAGUCAACUUUCAUAAACAUCGCUAAACUUGGCCUGCUGGCUGGUCCAAUUUAUAUGGUACGCCCAUAUUAGAACUAAUUUAUCGUUUAGUUUCCCUUAGGUACUUUAUGAUCUUGUGUCAUCAAUAUAAACUUAGUGACAACGAAUCUAACGGUGUAUCCGAUGCCAUUUUGUAUUACGUUUUCUUACAGAUUUAUCUCAACACUAUCACAAACUCUUGGUGCCUAAUUUUGAACUUUUCUUACUUUACAUUGAGAUUUUCGACGAUUUGGCUUUUUGCUGGCUAUCGACUGAUCAAGUCAAAGACUGUGCAUGUUAUUCCAUAGACAUAAUAAUUUAAGGUUUUUUAUUGAUAAGCGAUGUGUGAUUUGAAUAACCAUAGAGUAGAUCGUAUAGAUUUUUUUAUUACAAUACUUGAAUGUUAUAGAUUUCAUUGCUAGGCCGCCAUAAUACUUUUAAAACUCUUUACUUAUUACAGAAAUGUUUUUUCAUGUUCUUUUUAAUUUAAUAAUAAUCGAUUAACAUUUUAUCGAUAGCCAAAUUAUAUUCUGUGGGAUUAUGUGAGUGUAUUAUAUCAUUUAAUGUAAGAUGUAUUUACAUUGUGUAAAUUUUAAUUAUAAUAUUAUGGUGUACUACAAUUUGGCUUCUUUU